UAUUGAUUCUCCUUCAAUUCAUAUCCAUCAUCAACCCUCUGUUUCCUCUGAUUCCUCUGAUCUGAUCUUCCUUCAAUUCAUUUCUUUUUAUGUUAUAGAAAUGGCACUAGAGGCUGUGGUUUUUCCACAAGACCCAUUAUUCUCAUCAUAUGCUUCUUCUACCACCACCACCAAGGAUUAUUUCUACUCAUCCUUUCUCGGCAGCCACCACCACGAUCUCAUCGGAAUUAUAAACAACAACAUCAUUCAACAAAACCAAGCAACUAACAAUUCCGACUCUUCUUCUCCUCCUUCCAACAACGACCACUACGCCACUUCUUCCAGCUCCCCUGACUGCUGCGCUGCCACCGUCGAUCAACCUUCUCUCCCCACCACCACUGGCCGCCGCAAACGCCGCCGCACCAAAACCACGAAGAACAAGGAGGACAUCGAGAACCAGAGGAUGACUCACAUUGCUGUUGAACGCAACCGCCGCAAACAGAUGAACGACUACCUCGCCGUCCUUCGUUCUUUGAUGCCUCCUUCUUAUGUUCAAAGAGGUGACCAAGCGUCUAUUAUUGGAGGCGCCAUUAACUUUGUGAAGGAGCUAGAGCAGCUUUUGCAGUCCAUGGAGGGUCAAAAGAAACCCAACCACCACGACACUACUGCUGCUGGUGGCGCCGCCGGAAUGAAUAGUAGUGGCCAAUCAUCGCCGUUUGGCGAAUUCUUCGCGUUUCCGCAGUACACAACUCGUGGUCAUCAUCAGGGAAAGACGAUGGCAGCGGAGCAGCAACAGAAACAGUGGGCGGCGGCGGUGGCGGACAUAGAAGUGACAAUGGUGGACAGCCAUGCGAACCUCAAGAUUCUAUCAAAGAAACGACAUGGGCAGCUGAUGAAGAUGGUUGUUGGUCUCCAAUCUCUAAGCCUCACCAUUCUCCACCUUAAUGUUACCACUCUCCAUGACUUCGUCCUUUACUCUGUUAGCGUAAAGGCAGAGGAUGGGUGCCAGCUGAAUACGGUGGAUGAAAUAGCUGCUGCUGUGAAUCAACUAUUAUGCGCAGUUCAACAAGAGGCAUCAUCUUUCAACCAAAUUAAUUAGAAUUCCAAGUUCAUAUUUCCCCUCUUUUUCUUUAUUUCUAUUUUUGAAAAAAGAAUCUCUAUUUCUCUAAUUUGUGAGUAAUUUGGGAUAUAUAUGACUAUGUCCAUUGGCCA